GGAUCCGGCCUCCAGGUGCCCAGCGUCCGCGGGCACGGCGCGGGCAAGGUGCGGGACGCAGAACUUCCAGUGCGGGUGGGCAUCCCCGCCGAGGGACCGUGGGAACCGGACAGGUGGAGAAGGGGAGGAGACUCGAGGCGGUUAAAUCUCCCGGGGCGGAGGGCAGUGCCCAGCCCCGCAUCCAGCGCCUCGGGCCCAGCGGCAGCAGCAGCAGCGGCAGCAGCGGCGGUGGGACCGACGGGCCCCCCGACGCCGCGGGCACCGGACCAGGCCGCCCCUCCUCCGGACCCGGGACCGGCGACGGCGCCCCCCGACGGCUGACGGGCCCCCCCGGACCGGCCCCUGCCCGGCCCCGACGCCGGGGGCCACCCCCGGCUAUGUACCCGAGCCUGUCGGCGGGCUCCUCGGGACACGGCCCCCCGCCGGGCUCCUACGACCCGGACAGCCCCGGGGCCUUUCUGCCGGGCGCCGGGGCGGGCGGGGGUCCCGGGCCCGCCGCCCCCUCCCCGCCCGUGUUCGUGCCCACGCCGCGGAUGCCCACCUCGGUGCUGGACCUCCCCUACCUGGCGGGCUCCGGGGCCGGGGGCCCGGCCGGGGCGCCGCAGGGCAGCCUGCCGGGCUGGGGGCAGCCGGGCCCCGACGGCGCCGCCUACACCCCUCCGCCGGGGUCCCCGAGGGUCUCCUUUCCGACGGCCCCGGGACCCCUGGCCGCCGCCGCCGCCGCAGCAGCCGCCGCCGCCCGGGAGGCCGCCGCCGCCGCCGCCGUCUACGGGGCCGGGCCGGGCGGGGCCGUCGGGGCGGCCGGGCUGGGCGGCCGGGAGCCCUACGGCCGGGCCUCCUUCCCCGGGACCUCCUUCGGAGGCCCCUACGGCUACAUGGCCGCCGCCUCCGACGUGGGCGCCUCCUGGGGUCCCGCCGCCCCCUUCGACGGCCCCGUCCUCCACAGCCUCCCCGCCAGGGCCGCCCCCAACCCCGCCGCCCGACACCCCAGCCUCGAAAUGUUCGACGACUUCUCGGAAGGCCGCGAAUGUGUCAACUGCGGAGCAAUGUCCACCCCGCUGUGGCGGCGGGACGGCACCGGCCAUUACCUGUGCAACGCUUGUGGCCUCUACCACAAGAUGAAUGGCAUCAACCGGCCCCUCAUCAAACCGCAGCGCCGCCUGUCCGCCUCCCGCCGUGUGGGGCUCUCCUGUGCCAACUGCCAGACAACCACGACCACGCUGUGGCGCCGGAAUGCCGAGGGGGAGCCCGUGUGCAACGCCUGUGGCCUCUACAUGAAGCUCCACGGGGUGCCCCGGCCUCUGGCCAUGAGGAAGGAGGGAAUCCAGACAAGGAAACGGAAACCCAAGAAUGUGAACAAAGCCAAGACAUCAACAGGGCCACCCAGCAGCGAGACCCUCCCACCCCCUGGCAGCGACGCUGGAGGGUCCAGCGUCCCCACGGCCAGGUCUGAGGAGAUGCGUCCGGUCAAGACGGAGCCAGGGGUCUCCCCUCACUACGGACCUGCUGGACCUAUGUCCCAGGCAUUCUCGGUCAGCACGAUGGCCGGCCACGGGGCCACAGUCCACCCGGUGCUCUCAGCCCUGAAACUCUCCCAGCAAGUCUACCCACCCUCCGCCAGCCAGCCCUCGCCAGCCGGCAGCAAGCAGGACUCAUGGAGUGGCCUGGCUUUCUCAGAAAGUCACGGGGACAUCACUGCAUAAUAGUAGCACGCCAGCUGCCUUCCUACCCCUCUUUCUGAGGUGCUGGGGCCCCUGGACACCCCACCAAGGCCCCACCUGACUCCAGAGACUCCAGCGAUGUUGGCUGAGUUGUCUCCCUGCCAGCCAACGGAGAAAUCUGCCACCCAUGACAAUGAUUUCUGCCACAGAGAGGCCUGGAGGCUUGACCUUUGGCUGAGGGCCCCUUUUCAGCUCUAAUGUCCACCAGAACCAUUUCUGUGACUGCCAUGACCGCCCCCCCCCACCCGUUAGCCCUCUCCCUUCUGGCUGCUGUCGCUCUCCCCAACCCCCAUGGACGACUCUCCCUUGCCACCCUGGCCUCUUGUCCCUCGAUCUCUGGCUCAGGGUGACCUGGCCAGAUCCCUGCAGGCGGGUUCACCUGCAUGAUAGAACCUGCUUCCCUUCUUCCCCUGGGGGAAAAGCGUUCCCUUGGCAACUGCAACUUCGGUCCUCACCCCACCUCCGGUCAACGGGCACACACAGGCGGACAGGCUAAGAGACCACCCUGCUGUCCUGUUCCCCAAAUUCUACCCCCACCCCCAGAAGAGAUUGUGUGAUCCACAUACCCCAACAAUCAAUCCAAUAUUUAUUGAGUGCUUACAGUGUACAGAGCACUGUCCUAAGCGCUUGGAAGAACAGAACAGAAGAUGGAGCAUUGGAAGGUGGUCCCAUGUACCCCUCCCAUUUCCCAGAUGCAGGCAGUGGGAGUCUCCUGAACCCAACCACAGAGCUGGUGGGGGCAGGGGCGUCCACCCCGUUUUACUCCAGAUCUUCCUCUGGGCUCAAACCUCCAGGGGGGUGGAGGGUGGGACUCCGGGAGAGGAAAGGUUUUGGUGGUGGCCCCCCCCAGCCUGUCCCAAGUCACCCCUGGGAGCCCUCCCUCUGUCACCCAGGUGGCUGACACAGAUGCUAGCUAAGGAAACAGCAGGGACCGGUGGCAAUUUUCCUCUUCUGAACCACUUGACUCCGCCAGUAAUAAUUAUUAUAAUAUAAUAGUCUGGAUCUAUCUAUAAAUAUUUGUGUGCAUAUGUGUGUAUAUAUAUACACAUAUAUACAUUUUAUUUUCACAUUUCAGCCAUCUCAUGUUGUCCUAGCUCCCUUCUGUGAAGGAGGAAGAGCAGGUAGCAUGACCCCAUUUUACAGAUGAGGAAGCUGAGUUCCAGAAAGUUGCAGGGAUGUUUGCCCGAGGUCACACAGCAGGGCGCGGGAGCCAAGCUGGGAAUAUCCCGCCUCCCUUCUCUAGGCUCUUUCCCCUAAAUCACUAGGCCCUUUUUUUUUGUUUGUUUCGGACUAUGUUAAUUUCCUUUUCUUUUUUUGUUAAAGUAUCCAAAAAAGCUAUUAAAUGCGCCUGGAAGGGAGGCAGACCCAUUAAAGGGCGACUGGCGAAGGAUGAUGAUGAUGAUUUGAGGAGAAGCAGCAUGGCUCACCGGAAAGAGCCCGGGCUUUGGU